CCCGAGUGUAGCUGCUCUGUAGACGAGACACGCGGGAAACGACUCUACAUCAGGGGUCAUGACUGCUUCUGACACAGGAAAUGUAAAAAAAAACUGAAAGCAGCUUUGUGAAGAUAAUCGACUUGCAAACAGAGAGCGAGAUCAGGCGUUCACCAGAAUGGAGUCAUCGCUCGAGCAUUUAUAGUCUUGUGGUUUGAACAACUGUUAGUCUCCUGGUCAGAGUUUUAACAUGAAUUUGCUUCCUCAAACGCACACGAAGGUCCUCGCUCUGAGAGGAGAGAUGUCACGGCAAGAUCAACGCUUCAGGAACCGAAUAAAAGGCAGAAAAUGCUGUGAAUGCAGUGCGUCUCUGUCCCGCUUUUACUACGAGAAAGAUGGACGUCUCUUUUGUAGUAAGGACUACUGGGCAAAGUUCGGGGAGCUUUGUCAUGGCUGCUCUGAGCCGAUCACCACUGGGCUCAUCAUGGUUGCAGGUGAGCAGAAGUAUCACCCCGAGUGUUUCACCUGCCUGAACUGUCGCACGUUCAUCGGCGAUGGAGACAACUACGCUCUGGUGGAGAGGUCCAAGCUGUACUGUGGACAUUGUUAUUACGAGACCAUCGUGACGCCGGCGACUCUGCCUGACUCUCCGUGCUCACGGAUCCCUCACACCGUCACACUGCUGUCCAUUCCAGCCUCCACAGAUGGAAAGCGUGGCUUCUCUCUGUCCAUCGAUCCGGGAAGCAGCCCGAACGGCUACGGCACCGACUACAACCCCACAGUCCGUGUGUCCCAGGUGGAUUCCGAGUGCAUCAGUCCUGACGUGAAGAACACCAUACAUGUUGGUGACCGUAUCCUGGAGAUCAAUGGGACCCCCAUCAGGAACGUUCCUGUUGAUGAGAUUGAUUUGCUCAUUCAAGAGACCAGUCGCCUCCUGCAGCUCACCAUCGAACACGACCCCCUUGACCCUGAGAUCCCCAGCAGCCCUUUUGAGUACGAGGUGGACGGCCCGAGCCCCCUGCCCGAGAGACACAGCCCGGUUCCCCCGAUCACACAACCGCCGAACCACGACAUGAACAACCUGCGUUCACGCGUGAUCACGCGGAGCUUCAGUAUCGAUAAGUCACCGUGCUCCAGUAACGCUGCGUCCCCGAUGUCCCUGAGGAAGGACAUCGGACGCUCGGAGUCGCUCCGUGUCGUGACAAACCGCACGCACAGGAUCUUCCGACCCUCCGAUCUCAUCCAUGGAGAAGUGCUGGGAAAGGGCUGCUACGGUCAGGCUAUUAAGGUGACCCACAAGGAGACCGGUGAGGUGAUGGUGAUGAAGGAACUCAUCCGAUUUGACGACGAGACCCAGCGGACUUUCCUUAAAGAGGUCAAAGUAAUGAGAUGCCUGGACCACCCCAACGUCCUCAAGUUCAUCGGGGUUCUCUACAAAGACAAGAGGCUGAACUUCAUUGCUGAGUACAUCAAAGGAGGCACCCUGAGGGAGAUCAUUAAGAAAAUGGACAGUAAUUAUCCCUGGAACCAGAGAGUGAGUUUUGCCAAAGACAUUGCGUCUGGGAUGGCCUACCUUCAUUCCAUGAACAUCAUCCACCGUGAUCUCAACUCCUACAACUGUCUGGUCCGAGAGAACAACAGUGUCGUGGUGGCAGACUUUGGGCUCGCGCGCCUGAUGGUAGAAGACAAGAACCAGGACAAACUUGGAAAGCUUCAGGGUGUGAAGAAACCUGACAGAAGGAAGAGAUACACCGUGGUGGGAAACCCGUACUGGAUGGCGCCGGAAAUGAUCCAUGGAAAGAGCUACGACGAGAAGGUGGACAUCUUUUCCUUCGGCAUCAUGCUGUGUGAGAUUAUUGGGCGAGUCAAUGCAGAUCCGGACUACUUACCCCGAGCCAUAGACUUUGGCCUGAACGUGAAUGGAUUCCUGGAGCAUUAUUACCCUGCAGAUUGCCCCCGCUCUUUCUUCCCCCUGGCUGUCCUGUGCUGUGACCUGGAUCCUGAGAAACGACCUGCUUUUGCGAAGCUGGAGGAAUGGCUUGAAAAGCUAAAGAUGCACUUGGACAUGCGUUUCUCACUGGUUUCUGAGCUGGAGCAGGUCCAUCUAGACUUCUGGCAGAAGCAUCCACCUGAGGAGAACAAGCUGUCCGCUCAUCGAGAGCAGACGGAAUAGCCAAUCAGGGUCUGAGCUCAUGGUGUUCAUUCCCAAUGUUGUGAAAAACCUGCUGGAUAAGGAAGGAGUGUUUGGGCGAAGGAGCAGGUCCGUGCUAUCGGACUGGCAUUCGGUGAUGAGCUCUUCUUAACUGGAGGUCCGUAGCAGGAUUCGGAGCACAUCUUUGGUGGAAAUUUGGUGGGUUUUGAAGAAUCGUUCUUCUGAACUGCAGGACAUCAUUCCUCUACCGUCACUGUCACUUUAGCUUCUCCAGCAUCUCAUCAGAGUUCUUGACAUCCACUAUUCACACCUCUGAACUGAAUUCUCGAUGUCAUGGACAGUUACGAAGUCGUAUAUUCAUCUACUUUUCAUUUGAACCGUGUAAAAAGGACCCGUUUUCUAGAGACGCCGCGUUCCGCAAGCCAAAUAAGAAAGAGAGUCACCUUUGUAAAUGAUCCGUUCUUCUGUCCCGCUUGUUGUUUGGCGGUGAACGCGAGAUGAAACCGAGAUGAAGGAGUGUGUACAAAAUGCUUCCCUUUAGUUUCCUCUUUCAACCCGUGUAGCUUUGACGAUGUUUAGUCUACAACAGGGGCGUCAAACUCCUUUCGAAUAACGGGCCGCGACGCACCCCGUAAGCCGACCGAGCCGAUGACGUCAUCAGCAACCUUCUAAACGUGUCAAUUUAAUCCGAAUACACAAAAAGAUCAAACAGAAAAUAGAUAAACAUCCAAAAACUAUUCUAAUGUUGGUUUUACCAUUCUGUGCCUUGCAUGAGUAUUUACCGUCCUUCUAAUCAUUUUUUACGUCUUACAACCCAAAACUAGUGCAUUUUGGGUGAGAACGGGGGAUUUUUUAUUUGUUUUUAAACAAAUAUAACUAUGGUUGCAUAAGUAUUCGCUCCCAUGGCUAUGAAACCCCUAAACGACUCAUGAGUCAUUACGAUUCAUGGUUACGGCUUUCUAAUGAACGGACGAUGACGUGUCUUUAGCACAUUUUAAUGUAGCUACAUCUACGACCAUGAGUUUAAUACUAAUACAGUAUUUUACACGUUUUCUCAUCAUGUUACGAUCCGCAAGACGAUUUCACGUGACUUAAAACGCACGUUAGGGUCAUAGGUUUGACUCCCCUAAUGUAAAACAAGGUACACUCUCCUUUAGGUACAUCAUACUGUCUCGACCCUAAACAUAGUGUAUAUACCUAAUUACUUAUUGUACAUCUUUUACAUUGUACAGACAUUAUUUUAUAUACAGUUAUGACAUUGCCAUAUUUUUCUUGGCCUGUGGGUCGAAAUGAAAGACCGAGAGACUUUCUUUCCAUUCGUAACAGGGACAUGUGUCCUUAUAGAGGCUUCUAUAGGUGUCCGGGGGUCUUGUGUAUUUUUUUUUCCUUUAAAUGUCUGGCUUUGGUGAAUGUUUUAUUUGCUCAUAAUCUGUUUUAUUUCGUUUGUAAUAUUACACACUGUAACAUUUAGAUUUCACAAUCAGCUGCAGAAACGUCGAGACGACGGCGGGUUCACGAUCGACUUGUUCCAUGUUAGAAUCAGGAUGGUGUUUAAAUAUAUAUAUAUAUAUAAAGUAUGUUAGAAAAGAAAAUGAAUCUGUUCCAAUGCCGCUCUUGUGGCUUUAGUCCGUCGCCGCCUCAGUGAUGUUCGCCUGCGUCUCACUAGUAUGUGAAACUCCCUAUGGGAGACGUCCUGUUUACAUGAACUUGCUGCCUGUAAAUACUGUAUGUCUGUUUAUGUGGUCAAACUCAGCUAUUUUCCUGGUUCCUCUUUCACCGCUCGUCCCGUUGGGGAUCAUCCGCACGGUGCCUCGGGAUCCUCCACAAAUUCGGCUGUUCUUCUAACUCAGAAAAUGCUGUUUUUCUGGAAGUAAACACGGCGAAGGACUGCGUGCGGAUGGCGGUCACGGGCCGACGGAUGUAAAAAGAGAUCUUUUAUGUACAGAACCACAAAAAAGUUUUGUAUAGAUUUUCCACCGAUUUUCAUUUGCACUAAAUACGGAAACGGCGCAGAAGAAAACCGGCGCUUUUUUUUUCCCUUUCCUAACGGUUACAGAAAAACGGAUCGUGUUCUGAUUCUUAUACGAAUAAAAAAGACACCGAAAGUCUUUUUGUAAAAAAAAAAAAAAAAAAGAAAGAAAGAAAAAAAGUCAUGAGAUGAGUGUGAGAUACUUUGCAAGUGGUGUGUGUGUGUGUGUGUGUGUGUGUGUGUGUGUGUGUGUGUGUGUGUGUGUUCAUGUGCGGGGCAUCUACUGUACAUAAGACAUUCCAUUCAUGACCGUGUUAGACGUCUCUUUCCACUUCGUCGUUCUCCCGAUGCACUACUGUACCGUACGUCGUGUCACGUAAAGGGAGAUCGUAGGCCAGCUCUAUUUUUUCCGUUUACUGAUUAUAUUCUAUAUACUUAUUUUUGCUGAAACCUAUAAAAGCCAUAUUUUCCCUUCGAUGGGACUUGGCAUCGCGUCGUAAUAAGCCGGAGUGUGUGAAAAUGCUCACAUUUACUACAUGUAAAAUACUGUAUAUGAAUAUGCAAUAGUAGAAGAGAAGAAAAGAAAAACAAAAAUAAUCUUAAAUAUACAUUUCUGGGUCAUUUGGAUUCUGUGACUGUUUUAUUACAUCAUGAUGAUAUUUCAGUACUGAAACUGUAAGCGUUCGUUUGGAGUUUAUUACACGGGGGUUUGGAGCUUAUGGGCUCUUUUGCUGCCUAAAGAAAGAUCCUUUGUGAAAGAUGUUGUGUUUUAUAACGACUGCUUAAAAAACGUCAUUUUCACUGAAUGCUGCUUCACCUCCAUUCAAAGCACUCGAUGUCCUAGUCUAGUAUUGCACCUCGAUAGUCCAGCUCAGGGCAUCAUCACUAAGACAAAACAAGUUAUUACUCGUAUUAGUAUUACACUUAAAGUACAGUAAAAUACGGAACAUGCACGCUCGGCUCUUCGACGAUACACGAUUUAUACAGCAAAGUGUACAUUUUGAUCCAUGUGACAGUGUAUGGCAUGUAAUCUGGAUGUUUCCACCUUUACGUCAAGCAUGAUGACCGUGAGCUUAUACGUACGUGCGAAUGCUGCAGCAGUCCUUCUUCUUUGCAAAGGAUCGUUUUACCUCUGAAUAUUGCUGUGCCUUUGUUUUAAGCUAGUCUUGCCAACGAAUUGCAGAGCAUUUAGUAUUUUAGUUUCAUUUUUAUUUUAAGCCUGACCAAUUUGAGUUCAUGUCGUUUCUGAUCUGUUGAUACGAGUCUUCCUGUUGCUUUCUAUAUUUAUGCUGUAUUCUCCAUAUAUUCGUUGUCUGUUUUUUUGUUGUUUUUUUGGUAUUUAGUUUUAUGCUUUGUUUUAAUUUAAUAUUCGUACACAAGCUGUGAAAAAAAAAACAUAUUCUGCACUUUAAAAUUCUGGCCAUAAAAAUCCAAGGAGUCGACUAUAUUUGAUUGCAGCUGGAAUAAAACUGCCGCUCCUUAACUGUC